AUGCCUCGACUGUUGCAUAUACAUAACCGCAGUUCAAAGUUAAACAAAAACGCGAUUCUUUCCUACGGUUCAAUUAUUCCUGAUGCUGAAUUGAGAAAAUCAUCAGCACCAGUCUUUCGGCCAGGAGCAGGCGUAGCCGAAGGUAUAUUGAAUAUUGGGGAAGCGCCGUGUCCUGCAAUAAGAAAAACAAAACCAACUAUGAAAACAAGGAAUAAUAACAAAGCCAGCAUCAAAAUAGCACAAAGACCUGUCAAAUACUAUCUCCAAAGCACAUAUUACACUUCCUGCUUGUUUCAGGACAGCAACACAGCCAGAAUGCAAAAGAAUAGAAAUAGUAACAAAACAAACAUCUAA